UGUUUUGUUUUGUGGUACAUAGGGUUGCUAUGAGUUGGAACGGAUUCAAUGGCACCUAACAACAACAAGGAGUGAAAACAUGGCUAAUUAGCAGCUAACCUUAAAUUUUAAUAUUAUAUGUACUCUCCUUCUAUGGUAACGGGAAAAUUUGUAAUACCAUCACGCUGAAGGUUCUAACAGUCAAUGUGAGAUUUUAUAAUUUCUAUACAGAAGAAACUUAUCUGAUUUUCUUUUUUCUUUUAGAAAUAGAAAAGCCGAGAGGCUGAAAAAUCUGAAGAAUGUCUCUGAAGGGUGAUCUGGCUGUCACUCCCUGGGUGUGGGGGACCAUGAGGAAGCGAUUUCUGUUCCUUUCUCUCUUACUGUCCCAUGCAGCUCAUUUGGAAGGCAAAAAGGAUCAUCAGUUCGUCUGGAAACCAGGCCCCUGGGGAAGGUGUACAGGAGACUGUGGGCCGGGCGGAGUCCAGAGUCGCGCAGUGUGGUGUUUUCACGUGGAAGGGUGGACAAGCCACUUGUCAAGCUGUGAUGAAAGCAACAAACCUGCCAAGGAAAGAAGUUGUUUUCGAGUCUGUGACUGGCACAGUGACCUCUUCCAGUGGGAGGUUUCCGACUGGCACCACUGCGUGCUUGUUUCUAACGCCCACGGGGAGGUCAAGCCUCGGACUGCCGAGUGUGUGACCGCUCAGCACGGACUCCAGCACCGGACAGUGCGCUGCAUUCAGAAGCUGAACAGGACCGCAGCUGCAAAUGAAAUUUGUGAACAUUUUGCCCCUCAGCCCCCCACGGAACAAGCCUGCCUCAUUCCGUGCCCUCGGGACUGUGUCGUAUCUGAGUUCUCACCGUGGUCCCCAUGUAGCAAGGCCUGUGGGAAGAAACUGCAGCACAGGACUCGCGCGGCCAUUGCGCCCCCUCUGUACGGCGGCCUGCAGUGUCCAAACCUGACUGAGUCCAGAGCUUGUGACGCUCCGGUUUCCUGUCCUCUUGGGGAAGAGGAAUAUACGUUUAGACUUAAGGUUGGCCCAUGGAGUAAAUGUAGACUGCCUCAUUUUAAGGAAAUUAACCUAAACGAAAGAACUGUCUUGGAUUUUAGCUCUGACUCAAAGGAGCGAGUCACCUUUAGCCAUCAAAGUUACAAGCCACAUCACCAUUCCAAGCCAUGGGACUUAGAGAUAGGUUAUCAGACCCGACAGGUUUGGUGUACCAGAAGUGAUGGGAAAAAUGCUAUGUUAAGCCUGUGCAUGCAAGACUCCUUCCCUUUGACUGUUCAAUCCUGCAUCAUGCCGAAGGACUGUGAAACCACCGAGUGGACCUCCUGGAGUCCUUGCUCUAAGACGUGUCGCUCAGGAAUUCUCUCUCCAGGCUUUAGGAGUAGGAGCAGGAAUGUGAAGCACAUUGCCAUUGGAGGUGGGAAGGAGUGUCCUGAACUUCUUGAGAAAGAGGCCUGCGUUGUUGAGGGAGAGCUGUUGCUGCCGUGUCCCAGGUAUUCCUGGAGGACCUCUGAAUGGAAAGAAUGCCAAGUCUCUCUCCUCCUUGAGCAGCAGGAUCCCCAGUGGCAUGCGACAGGACCCGUUUGUGGUGGUGGCAUCCAGACCCGGGAGGUGUACUGUGCCCAGAGCGUACCGGCAUUCACUGCACAGAGGGCCAAGGAAGUUUCUAGACCUGUGGAAAAGACAUUGUGCUUGGGACCUGCCCCUGUGGCCUCUCAGCUCUGCAGCAUCCCUUGCUCCACGGACUGCAUCGUCUCGUCCUGGUCUGCCUGGGGCCUGUGCACCCAUGAAAGCUGCCGUGAUCCUCAGGGGAGGAAAGGAUUUAGAACAAGGCAGCGCCAUGUCCUUAUGGAACCCACAGGGCCGGCGGGACAUUGCCCUCAUUUGGUGGAAUCUGUUCCUUGUGAGGACCCGAUGUGCUAUCAAUGGCUGGUAUCUGAAGGGAUCUGUAUCCCUGAUCAUGGCAAAUGUGGUCUGGGGCACCGUAUUCUGAAGGCCAUCUGCCAGAAUGACCAAGGAGAAGAUGUUUCAGGGAGUCUCUGCCCAGCACCUCCUCCUCCAGAACGGAUGGCUUGUGAAAUCCCCUGCCGAAUGGACUGUAUGGUGAGCGGGUGGACAGAAUGGUCCUCCUGUUCCCAGUCCUGUUCAAAUAAAAACUCAGAUGGGAAACAGACUAGAUCGAGGACGGUCCUGGCAUUGGCUGGAGAAGGUGGAAAACCAUGUCCCCCUAGCCAGGCCCUCCAAGAAUAUCGUUUAUGCAAUGACCAUUCCUGUAUACAACUCUACUGGGAGACAUCGCCUUGGGGCCCCUGUUCUAAAGACACACUGGUGACUGCCCUUAAUGCAACCAUUGGCUGGAAUGGAGAAGCUACGUGUGGUGUGGGCAUUCAGACACGGAGGGUCUUCUGUGUUAAAAGUCAUGUAGGACAAGUGAUGACCAAAAGAUGUCCAGAUUCUAGUCGGCCAGAAACAGUGCGCCCGUGUCUUCUCCCAUGUAAAAAAGACUGUGUUGUGACACCAUUCAGUGAGUGGACUCCCUGCCCGAGGUUGUGCCAACCAGGAAAUGCCACAGUAAAACAGUCUCGAUACAGGAUUAUCAUCCAAGAAGCAGCCAAUGGAGGCCAAGAAUGCCCAGAUACCUUAUUUGAAGAGAGAGAGUGUGAAGAUGUUUCAUUCUGCCCAGUGUAUCGGUGGAAGCCACAGAAAUGGAGCCCUUGUGUCUUAGUCCCAGAGUCUGUCAGGCAGGGAAUAAUGGGCACCAGUGAAGCCUGCGGAAAGGGGCUACAGAAGAGAGCUGUCUCUUGUGUUUCUGAUGACAACCAGUUGGCAGAAAUGAUGGAAUGCCUCAAGCAGACAAAUAGCACGCCUCCCCUUGUGCAAGAAUGCAUGGUCCCAUGUCGUGAUGACUGCACCUUCACUACCUGGUCCAGGUUUACGCCCUGCUCAGCGAAUUGUGAAACAACCCGAAUUAGACGGCGGCAGCUCACAGGGAAAAGCAGAAAGAAGGAGAAAUGCCAAGAUACUCACCUGUACCCUCUAGUAGAAACGGAACUCUGUCCUUGUGAUGUGUUUAUAUCCCAACCUUAUGGAAACUGGUCAGAUUGCAUUCUUCCAGAAGGCAGAAGGGAGCCUCAGCGAGGAUUGCGGGUACAAGGAGACACCAAAGAAUGUGGAGAAGGCGUGCGCUUUCGAUCAAUAGCCUGCUCUGAUAAAAAUGGAAGACCCGUUGACCCCUCCCACUGCAGCAGCUCUGGUUAUAUUCAAGAAAAAUGUGUCAUUCCCUGCCCAUUUGAUUGCAAGUUAAGCGACUGGUCUAAUUGGGAACCUUGCAGCUCAUCUUGUGGGUUUGGAGUGAGAAUUCGAUCCAAAUGGCUAAAAGAAAAACCUUACAAUGGAGGUCGCCCAUGUCCCAAACUGGAUCUCAAGAAUCAGGUGCAUGAGGCAGUCCCAUGCUACAGUGAGUGCAAUCAGUAUUCCUGGGUUGUAGACCACUGGUCUCCAUGCAAAAUCAACAACGAGCUGAGGUCCCUGCGAUGUGGAGAAGGAACACAAUCUAGGAAAAUCAGGUGUGUGAAUACCGCUGACACUGAAGGCGGGGCAGUGGACAAUAGCCUAUGCAACCAGGAUGAAAUUCCCCCAGAAACCCAGUCCUGUUCUCUGCUGUGUCCCAGUGAAUGUGUCAUGUCUGACUGGGGACCAUGGAGCAAAUGCCCACAGUCAUGCGACCCCCAUGCAAUGCAGAGAAGAACCCGCCAUCUGCUGAGACCCUCACUGAGCUCGAGGACCUGUCCUGAAGACUCACAAGUGCGGCCCUGCCUGCUUAAUGAAAAUUGCUUCCAGUUCCAGUACAAUCUGACAGAGUGGAGCAUAUGCCAGCUGCAUGAAAAUGCCACCUGUGGGCAAGGCGUCAGGACCCGCCUUCUGAGCUGUGUGCGCAGUGACGGCAAACCAGUCGGUAUUGACCAGUGCCAGCAGAGUAACUUGGAGAAGCCACAGAGGAUGAGCGUUAACUGCCUGGUGGAAUGCGUGGUCAACUGUCAGCUUUCGGAGUGGACAGCUUGGACACAGUGUUCACAGACCUGUGGCCAUGGAGGUCGAAUGAGCAGGACUCGAUUUAUCAAUAUGCCCACCCACGGAGAAGGACGGCCAUGCCCCACAGAGCUUACCCAGCAGAAAACCUGCCCGGUGACCCCCUGCUACACCUGGGUCCUUGGAAACUGGUCCGCAUGUAAUUUGGAGGGUGGAGACUGUGGUGAAGGAGUCCAGGUCCGCAGCCUUUCCUGUGUGGUCCACAAUGGUUCAAUCUCUCACACACCGCUACGUGUAGAUGAUGCAUUGUGUGGAGAAAUGCCCUUUCAAGACAGCAUCAUGAAGCAGCUGUGUUCUGUGCCUUGCCCAGGAGACUGCCAUUUAACUCAGUGGUCAGAGUGGAGCACGUGUGAAUUAACCUGCAUCGAUGGAAGAAGCUUUGAGUCUAUGGGCCGCCAAUCUAGGUCACGGACAUUUAUAAUUCAGUCUUUUGAGAACCAACACAGCUGCCCCCAGCAGGCUCUAGAAACACGCCCUUGUACAGGAGGCAAGUGUUAUCACUACACGUGGAAAACAAGUCUUUGGAACAAUAAUGAGCGAACUGUGUGGUGCCAACGUUCAGAUGGCAUUAACGUCACAGGAGGCUGCCCCCCUCAGGCACGCCCUGCUGCUAUCCGGCAGUGUAACCCAGCCUGCCGAAAACCUUUCUCCUACUGCACACAGGGCGGAGUCUGUGGUUGUGAGAAGGGCUUUAUAGAGAUAAUGAGAUCAAACGGUUUCCUGGAUUACUGCAUGAAAGUACCUGACUCAGAGGAUAAAAAAGCUGAUGUUAAAAACCUUGCUGGAAAAAACAGACCUGUGAAUUCAAAGAUACAUGAUAUUUUUAAAGGAUGGUCUCUUCAACCCCUUGACCCAGAUGGCCGAGUAAAAAUUUGGGUUUAUGGCGUUUCUGGUGGCGGUUUUCUUAUCAUGAUUUUCCUAGUAUUUACUUCCUACCUUGUUUGCAAGAAGCCAAAACCACAUCAAAGCACACCUCCCCAACAGAAGCCUCUGACCUUAGCCUACGACGGAGACUUAGACAUGUAA